AUGAAGAAAGCCUCCCUACAGAGAUUCAGAUCCUUGCCGAAGGAGCCAUGGGACUUCGAUGAUUUCCUCGAGAUCACCGGUGACGACGGCUGGACUGAUGUCACUAGCGGGAGCAAUGUGCGGCGCGCAGUGCGCACCACCAAGGCACGGAGUGACCGCGAGACCAACAGGGUUGAUGAGACAGAGCUGUUUCUCAGUCCAGCCGAGGCAUCGGCUGGCCUGACUUUUGAGGAAUUAAAGGCGCAGUAUAGAGGCUAUAAUGAGCGAUGGAUUCAGUCGGAGACAUGGCAGAAACCGAGGGUGCAAUUGGACCAAAGGAUACACGAUCAAGAGACGGAAACCUCGUCGCAGGAUUUGAAUGUUGACGGGAUUGUUUGCAUCGGGCUUGGUAGUCCGGGUGGGUUCCUGCGAGGUGUCAUAUCAUUUGUUUACGAGAGCAUACCGAAGAAUGAUCGCGGACUUCGGGACCUGGUGGUUGUCACGAAAAAUGAUGGCUUAAUCGAUUUAUCGACUUGCUCACUUGUGUCACUUUUUCGCUUCGUCGAUUCGUCCCUACGUCGCAUUAUUGCUUUAUUUAUUUCCGAUUCGCCUACUUCCGUUAUUUUGUCGCCUUAA